AGUCAGCUGAAGUGGCUGCAGUACUGCACUCUAACCACUGCGCCACCUUGGCUCUUCAAUUAUAAAACAUGCUUCCAGUUAGGGAAAAGUAUGGAUGUAGCACUUGUUCACAAGAUCUUAAAGGAGUUAUGCCUUUCUUGGAAUUGCUUAUGAUUGUUUUACAGUAUUUUAGGUAGGUAUUCUUCAUGUUCCCAAAAAAUGUUUCAAGACGGAAUCCAAAGUGCUGCCCAGCCUAUUUAUUACAGUAUAUACACAAAACAGUGGAAUUUUUAGCAAUUCUCCAUAAUCACCCAUCUACACACACUUAGGUUUCAGAAAUGGAGUUUAAGUGGCAAUGGGGAGGGGGAUUGUACCUUGAAGAAACUAAAUUUAUGCAAUUAUUUGAUAUAUUCAACUAGUUGCAGGUUUUUGGGCUCUGGUUUAUGCCCUGCAGUAUGACAGAAAUAGCAGUAAAAAUGCUACUUGAUAAGUUUUUAUCAAAAGAAAGGCUUGUUUCUGUAGUGCUUAUGAUUAGAAACUAUCUCAAUAUGGAAUUCAUAAUUGUAUUGUUAUGCUUCUUCAAAGGCAUUAUUUUGGAAUAUAUUCAAAGAGGGGAACUGAAAACCAAAUCCAUAGAUUUACUAGAUCUCAAUACUGCAACUGAUGUAGAAGCCUUAGUAGAAGAUAUUAGAAAAGCAGAGCCUCUCAUCACACAGUCACGGAAAGAUCAGGUUGUACAUUUAAUUCUACGAUUACAAGAGAAGCUAGGACAACAAUUGGACCACAAGUUCUAUCUUUUUAAGGUACUUCGAGCACAUAUAUUGCCACUCACCAACGUUGCCUUUAACAAAUCAGGUUCUUGCUUUAUCACUGGAAGUUAUGACCGAACAUGCAAACUGUGGGAUACAGCAACAGGAGAAGAGUUACAUUCUCUGGAAGGCCACAGAAACGUGGUGUAUGCAAUUGCUUUCAAUAAUCCUUAUGGUGACAAGAUUGCUACUGGAUCAUUUGAUAAGACCUGCAAAUUAUGGAGUGUAGACACAGGAAAAUGCUAUUAUACUUUUAGAGGACAUACUGCAGAAAUUGUUUGCUUAUCAUUUAAUCUUCAAAGCACACUAGUUGCAACUGGAAGCAUGGAUACUACGGCUAGACUAUGGGACAUACAGAAUGGAGAAGAAGUAGUCAGAUUAACAGGACAUUCUGCAGAGAUUAUUGCAUUAUCGUUUAACACCACAGGAGAUAAAAUCAUCACAGGUUCUUUUGACCAUACAGUUGCAGUAUGGGAUGUUAGCACGGGCAGGAGAAUGCAUACUUUAAUAGGUCAUCGUGCAGAAAUAAGCAGUGCACAAUUCAACUGGGAUUGUACUCUGAUCAUCACUGGAUCUAUGGACAAAACAUGCAUGCUUUGGAAUGCUUUGACAGGCAAACGGGUGGCAACCUUAACAGGUCAUGAUGACGAAGUAUUAGAUGUUUGUUUUGAUUAUACUGGCCAGCGUAUUGCAAGUGCCUCAGCUGAUGGAUCAGCGAGAGUAUAUGAUGCAGAAACAAAGAAAUGUGUUGCAAAACUUGAAGGCCAUACAGGAGAAAUUUCAAAGGUCUGUUUCAAUCCUCAAGGAAGUUGUAUUCUUACAGCCAGUUCAGAUAAGACAGCUCGCCUUUGGGAGCCCAAGACGGGACAAUGCAUUCAAAUAUUGGAAGGCCACACUGAUGAGAUAUUUUCCUGUGCUUUCAAUUACAAAGGGAAUAUAAUUAUUACAGGAAGCAAAGAUAAUACAUGUAGGAUAUGGCGCUAAUUGAGACAAAGGCUGACCCUCUUCUCUAGGAAUUUUAAUUCAGUGUUUUUAUAUAGACAAUAACCUUUAAAAAUCUGCUUUUUGCAUCUGUCUUUUUUAUUCUUUAU